AAUAACCAUUCCACUCACGUGUAUGUAUCCAUUUUGAAGCAUUGUGAUCCACCUGGUGUCUUCUGAAUUAUAUUUCCAUAGUUUUUAAUUUGUAACUGGCAUUGGAACGUUGAUCUCCAAAAUGUAUUGACAGGUACAUAUUGCAGUAUAUCCUCCUGGCCCUCCAUCGUUGGCGUUUCUCUUAAUCAUCUUUGACGUCUGCUCCUGUGGCAGUGACAGGAGACCCAGAGACGAUGGAGGGAUUUUCUGUGGGGGUUCCAGAGGCGGUGUGUCUUGGCGCCAGCCUCGCCCUCUCAGGCAUCUGCUACUAUCUGUACAGGAAGAGCCGGACGACCGUGGAUAAACUUGAUGAUGCUCCACAUUUCACUGUAGAUGGGAAACUCAAAGACAUCUUGAAAGUAACUCCAGGAGCAUGUCUGCAGUAUGCUGUCAUUGAAGGUGCUGUGCAGCCAGUGGGCGAGCCGCUUACGAGUCACUUUCAAAAAGAAAUUGCCGGCGUGCUGCAGAAAUUCAUGUUGACACAACAAAGGCUGGUUUGGAAUGGCCUUUCAAGCACCUGGACAGACAGUGAGCGAGUCCUGCACCAGAGAGUGAACACAGUGCCCUUUGUGUUAGUGGGAUCGGAUGAGACCGCAGUUAAGGUCCUGUGCCCUCUGCAAGCCUCCGGAGUGCACACGGAGAUCACCCACGAGAAGUUUCACCAGGUCAAUUACGGCUUUGGAGACAUUGUGGGACAAUACCUCAGUGGGGAGAAAAUCAAAGGGCAACUGGAGACAGAGGAAAUGCUCAAGGUGGGUGCAACUCUCACAGGUGUAGGUGAGUUGAUACUGGACACAGAUGGCGUCCUGAAUCUUCGACCCCCUUCUAAUAGUGCACAGUACUUCUUGAGCAUCACUGACUUUGACAGCCUGCGGCGAGAUCAAGAGAGCGUGGCUGUUUGGUGGAGAGCGCUGACCAUUGCCUCUGCUUUGGCCGGGGCGUCGGUCCUCCUCUGGGUCGGUCGACGCUACUACUGCCACCUAAAAGUUCGGUGGGAGCAGGAGCAGGAGAGGAGGGAAUUUGAGAGGAUGCAGGCUGAAGCUCCCCGAGCGCCUGCUGCAGCACCGGGCCCCGAGGGCCUUCAAGAUGCGGCGGAAGGUCGCGCAGAGAACGCCUGCGUGAUUUGCCUCUAUCGGCCACGUAACUGUAUUCUGCUGGACUGUGGGCAUGUGUGCUGCUGCCACACCUGCUACCAGGCCCUUCCACGCCGCCAGUGCCCCAUUUGUAGACAGAAUAUCAGCAGAGUGGUGCCGCUUUUUCACGUCUGAGGCACCCGUGGGACCAUAUAACCUCAGUGGAACUGUACCAUACAAACUGUACCAGCUUUACACCUGAGAAGUCUAAACUGCUGCACUGACAGCAGCUACAAAAGGGCAAAUGACUGAUCUCUUUAUCGUCUAGAAUAAAGAACAUACUGUAUGUACAGUACUGAUGAACUGUGAAUCAUGAGGAUAUUUUGCAAAGGCUUUUUUCACUACCACAUUUCACUGAAGUACUUUUCCCUGAAAAAAAAACAGGAUAAUGAGGUAAAUGCAAAAAAAAAAUGUAAAUUAGUGCAAUAGAAAUGUUUAUUUUCCUACUGGUUUACGUGCCUUAUUCUGGUAAUUUAUGACUGAUGCUGUGUCAGAGUGAUUGCAAUGUAUGUAUCUGGAUAACUCCAGUCUGGUCGCUUUUGUUUCAGCCAGUUUCAGUUAUAUUUUUGAGUUACAGGAAGUUGCUGAAUCAAUAGUUACAUUCAGGGCCAAGACAGAGCUUGAGUGUUAAUGUAUGAUUAAUGCACUACAGGUGAGUGAGAGUGUGUAUAAUGUUUGUGGGAAAAAAAUCAGUAAAUCAGUGGAAUCAUUUGUGUAGUGUAUUUGACUUAGAGAUGCUUAAAAGGGAACUCCGCCAAUUAAUACAUCAAAGUCUUUUACAAGUCCAGGGGAGUAUUAAAACCACAUUUAUUAAAAAAGAGGAGAAAAUCAGUCUGGCUUUAGAGGAAGUUAUAUGAUAACUGUCAUCAAGUGAUGUCUCUUGAGUUUAUAAAACGACAAAACGACGUUUGAAAAUGAAAAAAGCUGGGAUUGUAAUUUACUUCAUUAUUUUGUGUGUUUGCAGGAAUAAAACUGUUCACCAUGUA